AUGGCGGCCAAUGGAACCACAGUGACAAAGGCACCCCCGAGCCCUUCGCCGUUGAGGAAUUCAAAAUUUUUUCAGUCCAAUAUGAGAAUUUUGGUCACCGGAGGAGCUGGAUUCAUUGGAUCGCAUUUGGUGGACAGGUUGAUGGAGAAUGAAAAGAAUGAGGUAAUUGUUGCUGACAAUUAUUUCACCGGUUCAAAGGAUAACCUUAGAAAGUGGAUUGGUCAUCCAAGAUUUGAGCUCAUCCGCCAUGAUGUUACAGAACCAUUGCUGGUUGAGGUUGACCAGAUCUAUCAUCUUGCAUGCCCAGCAUCUCCUAUUUUCUACAAGUACAAUCCUGUGAAGACAAUAAAGACAAAUGUUAUUGGCACAUUGAACAUGUUAGGACUUGCAAAGCGAGUUGGAGCAAGGAUUUUGCUUACAUCAACUUCAGAGGUUUAUGGUGAUCCACUUGAGCAUCCCCAGAAGGAGGAGUACUGGGGAAAUGUCAACCCAAUUGGGGUCAGGAGUUGCUAUGACGAGGGUAAGCGUGUUGCAGAGACUUUGAUGUUCGACUAUCACAGGCAGCAUGGAAUAGAAAUCCGAAUUGCCAGAAUUUUCAACACAUAUGGGCCACGAAUGAACAUUGAUGAUGGUCGUGUAGUGAGUAACUUUAUUGCUCAAGCACUCAGAGAUGAACCAUUGACUGUCCAACUACCAGGAACCCAAACUCGGAGUUUCUGUUAUGUUUCUGACAUGGUUGAUGGCCUUAUGCGAUUGAUGGAAGGAGAACACACAGGCCCCAUCAACAUAGGGAACCCAGGUGAAUUUACGAUGAUGGAACUCGCGGAAACUGUGAAAGAGUUGAUCAACCCUGGGAUUACUUUGAAAGAAGUGGAAAAUACACCCGAUGAUCCUCGCCAGAGGAAACCAGACAUCACAAAAGCCAAGGAAUUGCUCGGUUGGGAGCCAAAGGUGACUUUGCGCGAGGGUUUGCCUCUCAUGGAGGAGGAUUUCCGUCAGAGGCUUGGUGUUGCCAAGAAAGCAUGAUGAACAUUUUGAAGGAUAAUUAUACAUCAAUUUGAAGAUUUGGUUUUGGGAUUUAUAUAAUAAGUAGUACAUCUUUUUACAAGUUCAUGCCCUGAAAAGUUCCGGAAUAAAUUGUUGUUUUAGAAUGAGUGGGGGCAAAUUGCAAGGUCUCGUUUGUUUCAAGUCAUCAAAUAUGAUGAACAAUAGGAUAGUGCAAGUUUUGUUUUAAUGUCUAAAGGCAUUGAUUAUUGAUAAGAGAUUGCAUUUUUCUUGAUAUAAGAGAUAAUUUCUUUUUCCUUUUCUGUUA